UUUCGGAUGGCAACUUCUCUUUGACAAGAUCGCGACGAACUACGGAACCAUGCGCGGCGUGUGGCAGCUGUGUGUGGCGGCGAUGGCGUUCAUGACCGCGGCUAAGCAUGCCAUCGAUUACGAUGCAUUAGAGCGACAAUGGGAAGGCGGAGACAUGGAAGACGAGCUCCUCUCGGACGACGAACUCGAGUACAAGCGGACUGGGAUGUUGGAAAAGUCCGAGAUGGUGUUUGUCACGUUGAAGGAAUCUGCGAUUGACGCCAUCGUACCCGUGGACCCGGCGAAUUCGGCCGUGUCAGAGCUGUGCGCGUCAUGGAAGCACAUGCUCAUGCAUGGAGGCUUGACGGUCAACUUUUACGAGCUGGAAGCGUACAAAGUGCUCGCAGGCAUGCAGCAUGGGUCCCGCGUGAAGGACGUCCAGGCGUUCUUGCUAGACCAGGACCAAGUCGAGGCAAUCACAUGGGACCAGACCACGUACUAUCCCAAAACCAACCCAUCAAAAAAACAGAGAAAAAACAGGGAAAAGUCGAAAAAGACAACUUCAAACGUCAACAAGACACCGACACAACCAGACGAACUAUAAACACAUUAAGAUCACGUUUUGCCACAGCGUUAGAUGGAGCUUCAUAAGAGCAUGCGACGAGGU